AUGGCAUCCUCGUCGUCAGGCUCGAUAGAAAUUCCUUUAAGAGACACGGAUGAGGUUAUAGAACUUGAUUUGGAUCAGCUGCCAGAAGGAGAGGAGGUGUUGAGUAUCCUGAAGCAGGAGGUGGCUCCACUGCAUAUCUGGGUUACUUUGGCUUUGGAAUAUUGGAAGCAAGGCUCAGCAGAUGACUUUGUGAAGAUCUUGGAGGCUUCUCGAACCGAUGCUAGCCUGGAUUAUUCUAAUUUUGAGAAGGACCAGAUGAAGUCUUUGGAUACAUUGGCUGCCUACUAUGUGCAGCAGGCUCACAAAGAGAAAAACAAAGACAGAAAGAGAGAACUGUUCAUGAAGGCAACCUUGCUGUACACAACUGCAGACAGAAUCAUUAUGUAUGAUCAGAAUCACUUGCUGGGUCGUGCUUAUUUUUGCCUGCUUGAAGGGGAUAAAAUGGACCAGGCUGAUGCACAGUUCAACUUUGUCUUGAAUCAGUCCAGCAACAACAUCCCAUCACUGCUGGGCAAGGCAUGCAUUGCCUUCAAUAAGAAAGAUUACAGAGGUGCCUUGGCAUACUACAAGAAAGCCCUGCGAACAAACCCUACCUGUCCAGCAUCAGUUCGUCUAGGCAUGGGCCAUUGUUUUGUGAAGCUGAAUCGCUUAGCAAAAGCUAGAAUGGCAUUUGAGAGAGCCCUGCAGUUGGACCCCAAUUGUGUGGGAGCUCUGGUGGGUCUUGCUGUCCUGGAACUGAAUUCAAAGACACAGGAAUCUAUCAAGAAUGGUGUGCAGCUGUUGUCCAAGGCUUACACAAUUGAUUCAUCCAAUCCCAUGGUUUUGAACCACCUGGCCAACCAUUUUUUUUAUAAGAAGGACUAUCAGAAAGUUCAGCAUUUAGCCCUGCAUGCCUUUCACAACACGGAAAGUGAAGCCAUGAGAGCAGAAAGUACAUAUCAGCUGGCUCGGGCAUUUCACGUGCAGGAGGACUAUGAUCAGGCCUUCCAGUACUACUACCAGUCUACCCAGUUUGCACCUGUCAAUUUUGUGCUGCCCUUCUUUGGCCUUGGUCAGAUGUACAUUUUCAGAGGGGAUAAUGAAAAUGCUGCCCAGUGUUUUGAGAAAGUUCUGAAAGCACAACCAGGCAACUAUGAGACAAUGAAAAUCUUGGGUUCUCUUUAUGCAAAUCAUCCUGAUCAAGAAAAACGGGAGAUCGCCAGGUCACAUAUGAAGAAAGUGACAGAGCAAUUUCCUGAUGAUGUGGAAGCAUGGAUAGAACUGGCACAGAUCAUGGAGCAAACAGAUGUGCAGGGUGCCUUGUCAGCCUAUGGAACAGCAACACGUAUACUCAAGGAGAAAGUGGAAGCAGACAUCCCUCCGGAAAUUCUCAACAAUGUGGCAGCUUUACAUUUUAGACUUGGAAAUUAUACAGAUGCUAGAAAAUACUAUGAAGCUUCCCUGGAACGUUCCAAGUCCGAUGCCCAGCAUGAUGAGACUUACUACAGCGCCAUCUCAGUGACAACAACGUACAACCUGGCGCGCUUGUAUGAAGCUCUGCAUGAGUAUGACAAGGCUGAUAAAUUCUACAGAAACAUUCUCAGAGAUCACCCCAAUUAUGUGGACUGUUACCUUCGUCUGGGAUGCAUGGCCAGAGAUCGGGGUCAGAUUUAUGAAGCCUCUGAUUGGUUUAAGGAAGCUCUUCAAAUUAAUCAAGAUCAUCCGGAUGCUUGGUCCCUCAUAGGAAAUCUCCAUUUAGCAAAACAGGAGUGGGGCCCCGGUCAGAAGAAGUUUGAGAGGAUCCUACAGAGGCAGGCCACCAAGGACGAUGCCUACUCUCUGAUUGCUUUGGGAAAUGUUUGGCUGCAAACUCUUCACCAGCCAAUGAGAGACAGAGAAAAGGAAAAGCGUCACCAAGAUAGAGCCUUAGCCAUGUACAAGCAAGUGCUGAGAAAUGACCCAAGAAACAUUUGGGCUGCAAAUGGAAUAGGGUGUGUUCUAGCACAUAAAGGCUGCAUCAAUGAAGCCCGAGAUGUGUUUGCCCAAGUACGUGAGGCCACUGCUGACUUUUGUGAUGUCUGGCUGAACAUUGCCCACAUAUAUGUGGAGCAGAGACAGUAUGUUGCAGCUGUUCAGAUGUAUGAAAACUGCUUAAAGAAAUUCUUCAAAAAUCAUAAUAUGGAGGUGAUGGUGUACCUGGCCAGAGCCUACUUCAAGUGUGGCAAGUUGGCCGAAUGUAAACAGACUUUGCUCAAGGCUCGCCACGUAGCUCCCAAUGAUACCGUCCUGUUGUACAACAUUGCGCUGGUGCAGCAAAAACUGGCCACCAUGAUCCUGAAAGAUGAAAAGAGCAACCUGAAGAAGGUGUUGAUUGCUGUCAGAGAUUUAGAGUUGGCUCACAGGUAUUUCACUUACCUGGGUCAGCAUGGAGACAGGAUGAAGUUUGACUUGGCUCAGGCAGCUGCAGAAGCUCAGCAGUGUUCUGACUUGUUGAGCCAGGCUCAGUAUCAUGUGGCCAGGGCUAGAAAGAUUGACGAGGCUGAGAAGGAAAUCAGAAAGAGGCAAGAAGAAGAGAUGGAAGCCAUUAAGCAGAAACAUCUGAGUGAGCAGCUGGAGAAACUGAAACAGAAGGAAGAACUAGAGAAGAAGAUGCUAGAACAGAGAGCUGUCUUCGUGGAGAAAGCCAAGAAAAUCAACCUGGAGCCUGAACCUGAUGACAGAGCCCGCAAGUCUGGGGGAAAGCGCUUAAAGCGAGCUGAGGAUGGGGAGAUACUGUCUGAGGGCAGCGAGGACGAUCAGCCGAGAAAGAAAAAGAAGAAGAGAUCUUCCAGUGGUUCUGGAGAAGACGAUGAGGAUGGAGACAAACAAAAGAAAAAGAGAAAGACAAAAAGAAAGUCCAAGAAAGACUUUGUCAAUGACAGUGAUGAUGAAAAUGAGGGUGGCGGUGACCGCAAGAGAAAACGAGGCAAGGGCAAAGAAGGAAAGGGAUUUAAAAAGAAGAAACAGAAAGAAGACGAAGAUGGACUCACAGCCAAGCAGCGGCGAAAAAUUGUCUCUAAAGCUGUCAUUUCUUCCAGUGAAGGCUCCGAUUCUGACACCAGGAAGAAGAGAAUGGAAGACAGUGGUAGUGGCAGCGAGACCACAGGUAAAGUUGGCAAGAGGCGUAGGAUACUUGAAUCUGGCAGUGACAGCGAUGCUGAAAGUGGAGGGCGGAAGUCAAAAUCAGGGUCAGACAGUGACGCCAGAGCUUCCAAUAGGUCAAGAUCCCGUUCAAAGUCUGGUUCAAGGUCUAGGUCACGCUCUGGCAGUGACCGGUCUAGGUCAAGGUCAAAAUCUAAAUCUCGCUCACGUUCCAGAAGCAGGUCAAGGUCUGGCAGUAAAGACAGGAAGUCUGCAUCUGAGGCCGGCUCACCAGCCAGGUCUCAUGCUGGCUCUGAUGAUGAGGCAGGGGACCGACAAAACAAAUCUGAUGGAGAGAAGGCUGGAGGAGACAGUGAUGACCAGGGUCGGAAAUCUGGUUCUGACAGUGAAUGA